UACUAGAUACAGACAAGGCAAAUCAGUAGUUAAUCUGUAAAGGAGCAUGAGUGUGACUCCUCUUGCAUUAAUUGAGGUUACCUGUGCAAAUUUAACAAACGGAGGAAAAACAGAACUUCUAAAAUCAGGAAGCUCCAAAUCCACACUAAAGCACAUAUGGACAGAAAGUAACAAAGACUUGUCCAUCAGCCGACUGCUGUCACAGACUUUUCGUGGAAAGGAAAAUGAUACAGAUUUGGACCUGCGAUAUGAUGCCCCAGAAACUUAUUCUGAACAAGAUCUCUGGGACUGGCUGAGGAACUCCACAGACCUGCAAGAGCCUCGGCCCAGAGCAAAGAGACGGCCCAUUGUCAAGACUGGGAAAUUUAAGAAAAUGUUUGGCUGGGGCGAUUUUCAUUCCAACAUCAAGACUGUGAAGCUAAAUCUGUUAAUAACGGGGAAAAUUGUUGACCAUGGCAAUGGGACGUUUAGCGUUUACUUCAGGCAUAACUCCACUGGUCAAGGGAAUGUAUCUGUGAGCCUAGUGCCCCCUACAAAAAUAGUGGAAUUUGACUUGGCACAACAGACAGUGAUUGAUGCCAAAGAUUCCAAGUCCUUUAACUGUCGAAUUGAGUACGAAAAGGUUGACAAGGCUACCAAGAACACACUCUGCAACUAUGACCCUUCAAAAACCUGUUAUCAGGAGCAGACCCAGAGCCAUGUGUCAUGGCUCUGCUCCAAGCCCUUUAAAGUAAUCUGUAUUUACAUUUCCUUUUAUAGUACAGAUUAUAAACUAGUACAGAAGGUGUGUCCUGAUUACAACUACCACAGUGACACACCCUACUUCCCUUCAGGGUGAGGAUGAACACGUGUCUGAGACUGAAGCCUGAGGAAUAAAAGAGGUCAUAUGACAGGGCUGUAACCUCAAGGAGGAGGGCCACAUCUAUUGCCUGGAAUGUGUCUACCUGCUGCUGAUGAUGUCAAAUGGCUGCAAAUAUGUUAGUGGAAAACAAUCUAAUGUAAUUUUUACCCAGUCAGCUCCAUGUAUCAAUCUAGUUGUAAAUUACUAUGGAUUUAAAAUAAAACCAUACACGUACACAGAGACACACACUCUUUUCAGCUCACAUCUAUUGAGAUUCCUGUUAAGGGAGAUUUCAUUGUCUGAUAUCUAAGGUUUCAAGAUAACCUGUCAUCAAGCAAAAUGGAUUAACUAGACAGAGAAUGGUUUCUAACACAGACUGUUAUGGAAAUCUCUUUGAAAGUCCUUUGAAUACAUGCCAAUCAAUAAUCCCCACUCACGCAUUCUACUGCUCAGAGUAGCUGUACUGGUAAAUAAUACUGUAGGAGUAAAUACUUGUUAAAAUGGGAGAAAUGUGUGUCUAGCGUUCAGUAUUCCUUAUUAUAUGAACACAACAAAACAUCGUGACUUUUUUCCAGCAUACAGUAGGCACAUUCGAGGUGGCGUUACGUGGCUCUUUUUCCAUGGAACGAGCCUGUUACUAGUAAAGAUGGGCAAACAUUUGGAAUUUACAUGUGGGCAGACAUUCUGGUUUCAUGUUUCUCUGACUCUUUAUGCUCUGAUUCUUUAAACCUGGUUGAGUUUAGGCAAGCUAAGCUGUUUUAAAACCCUUCAACUGAUCUCUAGGAAGGAAGAUGCCUGGAGGAGAACAUGUAAGUUAUAAGUGGCUGUCUUAUCUUUAUUACAAAAUAUUGUAACAAAUUCAAUAUCCUAGUCUUCAUUUGUAUGAAUGGUUUGUAUUGUACAUAAUUUAACCAGUGUUAUUUGAGCUGCUUAUUAAUAUUAACUUGUAAUUGUCUCUCUGCUUGUUAUUGGUUAAAAACAAUCAAGGAAAUGAGGAAUCCAUUUUAUCAAUGUAGCUGUAAACUCCAUUAAAAGACAGAACUAUGUACAAAGCAUUUAUUCAGCUAAAGUAUUGUUGAAAGCUAUACAUAUACAACAUUACAGUCUGUCUGUAUUUAGAUAUUUUAUUUCCAGACAAAACAAAACAAAACAAAACAAAAAAACCUGUACAUAAAAAUAAAACAUCUUAAAGUUGAGUUUCAA